UAUUGAGUCCUUGAAUAAGGGGCUGGGACCCAUCAUGCGAGGCUGCACGCACUUACAGGCACUUCGGAUUCGGAAAAACUAUCCGCUCCGUCAAUCCAUCUCACUCAACCGAUCGUCCUAUGUACUGGAACAGACCUGGUUGAUAUUACGACACGAGCCUUGGACCGAUCACCGCUGGGAAGAUCCAGAUACAUAUAUAGAGUAUCUUAAAAAGCGUGGUCAUGCCCGACUCUCCGGAAAGCUCCCAGCAAUCUGAGACUGGUCCCACCGGUCGCCGCAAUCGUAACAGCGAACGGAUCACUAGAGCCUGCGGCUUUUGCAAGGCAAGAAAGAUCCGGUGUACAGGGGAGCUGCCCAAAUGUCAAAAUUGCCAGAGACUCGGCAAGGCUUGCGUCUACCGCACUGAAAUGGACAAAAGAGCCACAGAUCGUACGGCUCAGCUCAAGAUUGACGAGUUACAAUCACGAGUGCAAGAGCUCGAAUCAAUUUUGGCGGCUCAGCGAAACGAUAUCCAUACCAGCUCUCUUGCGUCGUCACGUAACCAUCUUUCACCUAAUUAUCUUCCGUCUAGGGGACCCCUUGAAGGAAUCGAUGGAAUGGACCCUUUUGAGACGGGAAGAUUAGUCCUCUCAUCUACAGGCAAUCUGCAUCUUCAUCCCUCAGCAACGUUCUACUGUCCUGCUCAUGUUAUACCAGAAUGGAGACAAGCUCUAGAUACCCUCAGCAAUACACGCUCAGUGGCCUUGCCUGCUUACCUUGCCCCCUAUCUCCCUUUACACACUACACAAGCUCACCAUCGGAAACUGAUUGAUCUGGCAUUUGAUUGUAUGCUGUGUUUUGGCCCGAAUCCUCUCAAGGAUAAAUUUAUCGAUUCCAUGGAUUUUGACCCAGAUCGUCGGGGAUUAUACUUCUCGCCAAUCCUUCAUUUGACAAUCCUGGGGAUUGGCUGGAGAUAUUGCACCGACCCAGAGAUGUUAGCGAUGUAUUAUGCCAAGUCCCCAAUAGAAAACAGGGGUUCAGAGUAUGUUGAUAAAGCCAGAGAUAUGGUGAUGCAAGAGGCCGAUACCGGACAAUUGAGUAAUAUGCUGGCUCUGAUGGUGAUGGCUCUAUUCUACGUGGGACAGUCCAAGGAUACGAUGGCGGGCUCAUGCUUCAUGAUGUGUCAAUAUCAAUGCUUAAAUUUUAGAGUACACAAACGAUGCGACGCACAAUUAUAUGAAUUAGGAUUGGCCCCUGGCUCGGAGCUUGACACCGCCCGACGAGAUGUCUGGAACUUUUGUUUGAACAUCAGCGCUUGGUGGGCUACAUUCUAUGCUGAACCCGUACUACCUAUGGCCCAAAAUGCAGACCAGAGACCGACAGAUCUUCGUAAUUCCGAUAAUGCAGACCUUCGUCUUUUAUCCCUCAUGGCUUUACAUCAUUCCAGAUUAUCACAUUAUGGUCUUGAAUCACUUAUCACAAACCAUUUGAGGAGGAUGCCGAUCGAAGUAAGGGUCAAACAUGUCAGAGAGUUGGGCGACUUAUUGUUUCAGUGGCGGGACGACCUUCCCUCCGAAAUUACUUGGCCACCACCUUCCGAUUCCCCCAUCAUGCACCCAAGCAACCUUAUCACCCACGGCAUGUACGCCACAUACCUCAUCAUCCUUUAUCGACCUUACAUUAUCGAAAUUGGCGGAGGACCAAGCUUGAUAUCGGAGGCCCUGAGAAAAUGUUUGCAAUAUACCAAAGAUAUUAUCGAUAUGGCUCGAUAUCUAGUCAAGCAUCAUGGGGUAAUGCGUGCACCUUUAUCUUGGCAACACAUCUUGUAUGUCGGCGGCACCAUGCUCAUCCUUCAAAUAGCUGGUCUUCCAAAUGUCACAGUGGAAGAAAGAACAUGGGCUUUGGAAUCCCUCUCAUUCAUUCAAGACGCCCUGCAGGAAUUUUCUUAUAUCUGGCCGGCUGCUCGAUUGACCGCUCAGUCGCUGAAAACUUUGCAAGAGGAAUGUUCGCCUACAGCUGACAAUACGCUAAAUGUGAUAGGAGGAGAGCAGUUACAAUACGCGGCCGCCGGAAUCGACUUGGGUUCGGAGGAGCAAGUGCAGCAAAUCCCUCCCGUUGCCCAAUUUUCACAAUCCGACUCAACAGGUGGUGAGAUGAUUGACUUGAUGGCCGGAUUGGAUUAUCCGUGAUAUUGUUGCAUUGCUGCCAUAUCUCAAAGCUGGGAGUAUCAUGCACACAUGACCGUUGCUCCUCUUUAUAGCACUGAAUACUGGCACGCUCUCUUGAAGAGAGAAUCGUUAAAUCAUUAAUAAAGAAGCAUGUAUCAC